UAAACCGGGCCCUGGCGCCGCGGCUAGGGAGCGAAAUCAGUCCGCCGCCAGUUGGCUGCGCGCGCGCGCGCCCGCGGGGAGGGGCGGGCAGCCGGAUCCGGCCCGGUGGAGGUGGAGGAGGGGGGAAUGGCCAGUCUGGUGCCAGGGGCAGCGGCCCGCAGCAAGAAGCGUCCGGCGAGCCCGGGCAACGGCAGCGGCCCCAGCAAGAAGAAGAAGGUGCCGGCGGCGGCGAGCGGCCCCCAGCUAGCGGUGGUGCGGUUGAGUGUAGGUACAGAGACCAUGAAUGAGAAUAAAUUUAUGACCGUGGAUCCCAAUACCGGGCCAAUGGAAGCUGCCAUCAAACCAUUGCCAUUUAAGGAUUCAAACUUCAUUGUGAAUUUCACCACGUCUGAAUUGAAACCGUUGAUAUCCACAGGCAUGAAAGCUGAGCACUCUGGCAUUGGUGGAGCAGCAGCUGGCAAGAAGAACAGAACUUGGAAGAACCUAAAACAAAUUCUUGCUUCUGAAAGGGCAUUGCCAUGGCAACUCAAUGAUCCUAGUUACUUUAAUAUCGAAGCUCCUCCUUCCUUUAAACCAGCCAAGAAAUACUCUGAUAUUUCAGGACUUCCUGCAAAUUAUACAGAUCCACAGAGCAAGCUGAGAUUCAGUAGCAUUGAAGAAUUUGCUUACAUUCGGAUGCUUCCUUCAGACGUUGUUACAGGUUACCUGGCAUUAAGAAAAGCAACGAGUAUAGUCCCCUAAGAUUUGCAAAAUGCUUUUGAGCAACCAGCCAGGGAUUGGGAUAACAUUAAGUGUUUUAAUAAAACUCUGGUUGAGGCGGGUGGGGGAGUUUCUUACAAAUUAAUAUUCAUAUUUAUGUCUGAAAGCGACUGGUAUUGAAAUGUGUAUUCAAAAGAAUAUUUAGUUUUAAUUUUGAUACCUCUGCAUAUUUGUUAGCGUGCUGACUCUUAAGAAACCUGUUGUAGUCAACAAAAGAUCCUGAAUGUUUAGCGUGCAGUCCUGGCCCUAUUGAAAUCAGUCUGAGUUUUGCCAUUUACUUCAAUGGGGCCAGGAUUUCACCCUUGCUAUUGUUAAAUGCACUGAUAUUUAUCUCAGAGUGAUCUGACCCCAGGAGUAGUGACCAAGAACUCCCGAGUUCUAAACCUGCCUUGCAUAUGGAGAAGUCGCAACCUCUUUGCUUCAGUUUGCCCCCUCUGUAAAAUACUUUUCUGAAUACUGUUGUGAGGAUUAGUUAAUGUCUAUUAAGCUUAUUGAAAAUGAAGGUGGCUAUACAAGUGCUAAUAUUUAUAUUAGAAACUUGAUUAUCCUAAUAUGGGCCAGGGCGCUGGGUGGGGAAACAGAUACUGAAUAACUUGGGAUAUUUUAGCUUUCAGAUAAUCAAGAGAAUUGUCAAUGUAAUACACACAAACUAUGAUACAAGACUCAAUCGUAAUGAAUAAGGAAAAGAGGGGUGAAUUAAGGUUGUACAAAUGCUGGCAUUUCCUUAACUUUUGAGUACUUGACUAUGCAACCCUAAUGUUUUUUCAUGUAGUUUUUUAUAUGAAAUUUCCUAGGUUUUUUAAAAAGCAAACAAACAGAAAUUCCAUCAUUAGCAUCAUAGAAACACCCCCAUGGUUCAUCAACAGGGUUGGAAUCUUCAGAUUCGCCACACUGACCUCUGUUGCAUGAACUAGUGGAGUAAUGAUAGCAAUAGUAGGUUGGCAUCUUCUCUGUGGACCAACACUAGAAGGGUAUUGGAUGCUUUACCAACUGGUUUCACAGAUAUUUGUUCACAGGAGAGGAAUAAUGAGUCAGGAAUCUUGGCUUCUAGUCCAGGUUUUAGAGGGGAGUGUGAUCUAGUGGGCACAGCCUGUUCUGCCCAUUCCUCCUCCUGAAGCAUGAUCCCCUCUGCCUUAUCCCCUCCAACCUGACUCUGUCCUAUUUCUCUUCUCUGGCUCCCUGGCCCAGCCUCCUGGCCCCACAAGUCCUUGUCUCACCCUUUUGGGCAUCCAGUCCCGGUCUCUCUCUUCCCCUUACGUCUCUUUGCUCAGUUAUUCCCAGUACCCCACCUUACUCUCAGCUCCUUGUCUUGUCUACGUGCCCAGUGAGUCCCAGUUCCCUCUCUCCUGGCUCCUCAGCCAGUCAUUCUUUCCCCAGCCCUGGCUUCCAGUGCAUCAUCCACACACAUCCCAUCCAACGCAUGCUCCCAGUCCCAGUCUCCCUCUCCAAGCUACUUGGCUAGUCUGUGUCUCCCCUGCCUCUGGCUCCCUCUCCCAGUUUCCCCCUGCACCCAGUCUUGUCAGCUCCGUCUCCUCCUUCUCACUGCACCACUGGUUCUUAGUCCCAUAGUCUUUUAUUGAAUUUUAAUAACCAGGUUAGGGAGGAAUGGAAUCAUUGUGGUCUUGUGGAAUGAGCCUGGGCUCAUAGUAGCAGGUCUGUUAUAAUCAGAGCUCUGCCACUGACUCACUAUGUUACCUUGAGCAAAUCGCUUCAUUUCUGUCUGUUUCCUUAUUUGUGAGAUGGGGCUAAUGGUACUUAGGAGUCUAAUCUCCCAUUAAUGAAUGUCUAUACUGUGUUUCUCACACAGUCCUGUGGAAGUGCUAAUUAUGAUCAUAGAUUUUUCUCUACUGCAGGGAUGUAUACACAGAGUACUGUCAACAUUGGCUUACUUCCAAGCCCUAAACAGGAAGGUUAAUUAAUGGAAAAUUUCAAAUUUAUAGGAUGUAGCUGGGAUUUAAUGCCCAUUUUUAAAAUGAUCCAAUACUUAAAACUGUCAAUUAAAAAAUUUGAUGUGCUUACAACAGGUCCCUCAAAUCUUGGAUAUAGGAUAAUGCCAUGAAUAAUCCCAGAACAGAAAAUAAAAAGACAGUAUAUCUCGCUUGAUGCCAGAAAACAUCAAGGCCACAUUCCCUUUGCGUAUGUGUUUUAAAAGGGAUGUUUUCUCCUUACUUUAUGUACUGAAGAGUGUUUAAGAUAAGCUUAAUUUUGAUAUGAAAAGAAAUCUUGUAGUAUUACUGUAAGAUAAAUAUUGCUUUGACAAGGCAGACAGUUGCUCAGAAAGUUGGAUUUCAGCACAGGUUAUUGGCUCCCACAAACACAUUUAAAAUUCUUUUGGUACAAAUCCUCAUAGGAACACUUUGAGUCCACUUCCUCCCCCCCUUUUUUUGUUGUUGUUGCCAUGUUGGUCUCAGGCUAUGAGAGAGACAAGCUGGGUGAGGUAAUAUAUUUUAUUGGACCAAAUUCUGUUGGUGGAGCUAUUGAGCUUCCCAGAACCCUUUAAAGUCCCUAGCUCGAGGGCUAUUGGGGCAUAACUGUAGGGGAUCAUACAAUGUCAAUGUGUAACCAAAUUUGUUACAAAGUUUCUACUGUACAGCAUAUAUUUAUGUAUAUGCAUUAAAUAUCACAUUUGAAAUCCUGA